AUGGAUGUACAGAUCUUCAAAGGUCAGGCCAAGGCGGACAGCUUCCUCAACACCUGCGUGACUGUCGUUGCCAUACUGAUCGUGAUCACUCUCAUCGUGAUGGUCGUCAUCGUGCUCAAGUGCUUCAACGUCUCGGACGACGGGUGCCCAAGACCGCCCACGUCCUUUCGGGACACCAACAACUCGCUGGCUUGCGAAAGUGAUGAAUGCAAGAAUUACGCGAUGACGAUGCGCGGAACGAUAGUGAAUUAUCUGGAACCUUGCGAGGAUUUUUUCGAGUUCGUUUGCGGCGGCUGGAUGAAGAUGGCCAAGGUGCCUUCCGACGAAGUUCUCAAGAGCGUCGUCACGGACAUGCACCGGAGGGUAGAAGACGAAAUUUCAGAAAUCUUGAACAACACCGUAAUUUCAUACCGAGGUCAGACGGCAGCUCAAAAAUCAUCUGCGCUUUACCAGGGCUGCAUUAAUAUUGACCUGCGCAACAGUAAGGGCACCAAGCCCCUGGAAGACCUGCUGGCCCGCUACGACAUGCCGCACUGGCCCGUGGUGAACAGGACGGCGAACUUCCGGGUCUUCUACCUACUCGGCAACGCCAUCCGGGACUUGGGCAUUGACGCGCUCAUAUCGGUCAAGGUGGACCUGGAUUACCACAACAGCGAACGUUACAUCCUCUACAUCGGACAGCCGACCUUCGGAGUCGAGCCCUUAAUCCUGCGGGGCAGGUUCAGGAGCCCGUUCUUUCGUAUCCUUCACCGCUACAAGCUGUACGUCUAUCGAUGCGCAUGUUUACUCGGGGCAAACGUGGCAGCCACAGACAUCGUUAACGAGAUUGUGUCCUUCGAAGCACAGCUAGCCUCUAUUGCGGAACCUCCGAAUGUCAUGCGGAAUCCAAGAAGUAUGUACAACCUGAUGUCUUUGAAGAUGCUGGAAAGUGCCAUACCCGAGAUUCGUUGGACCUACUUCUUAAAUAUAAUACUUCGAGACGUCGGCGUUUCUCUUGACCUCGAUGACCAUGUGGUUGUCAUGCAUCCACUCUAUCUUAAGAGGCUCUCACGUCUCAUUAAAGGUGUGCCCAGCUCCACCGUGGCGAAUUACAUCGGCUGGCGCAUCGUGCACUCGAUGGGCGUCCACACGCUGGACCGGUUCCGACAAUCCCUGUUCCGGUUCAACCGGUUCCGGUACCUGGUGCAGGACAUUCCCCAGCUGCCGCGGGAAUGCGUUCGCCUUACCAACAAGCUGCUGUACUUCGCCGUCGGGAGGCAGUACUUCGACAGGCACAUAACCAAGCCGGCUGACCGGUACAGGAAGGUGUACGACCUGGCCGAGGAGGUUCGAGAUGCCUUCGCCGUCUUGAUCGAUCUCAACACCUGGAUGGAUCCCGAAACCAAAGACAGAGCAAGGCAGAAGCUCCACUACCUCCAGCUGAACAUUGGCUAUCCCCCAUGGAUCAGAAGCGACCGAGACCUGGACGAGUACUACAAGGACCUACCAGACCUGAGGAAGGAGGAGUUCUUUGUGAGCCUCUUGCGAACUCUCCGGGUCUACAGUCGCAUUCAGUUCUCCAGGCUGAGGAAGUUCAAGAGGUCGCUCGACUUCGGAUGGUACCCGAGCACGGUGGAUGGCUCCAUGUAUUACAGCCACCUGGGAAACUACUUGCUUUUACCCGUGGAUUACCUGCAGUUCCCAUUUUUUCUGCUUGAAAUGCCCCCACCCAUCAACUUCGGAGCGAUUGGCUCUAUCCUCGGCGAAGAACUCACGCAUGGCUUCGGAGAACACGGAGCCAUGUAUGACGACCGAGGGAAGUUGGUGGAGUGGUGGACCCGCUCGACGCACCGAAAGUACGUCACGGGUGCCCGCUGCAUCUCGGAGCAAUACGACCUGUACAACAACCCGGUGACGGGAAGGAAGCUGAAUGUCAACGGAACGUUGGAGAGCAGCAUUGCAGACAACGCCGGUUUGCGACAAGCUUUCAAGGCGUAUCGUGUCUACAUGACGAAGUACGAAGAGAAGUACGGCAUUUAUUCCAUCCCAGGAACGGAGCCCUACACUAUGGAUCAAUUAUUCUUCAUUGCCUAUGCUCUCUCAAGGUGUGAAGUUGCGAGGAAAAGAUCCAUGUACUUCUUCCUGAAGCCUCGGGAUGCAAUACCCAAUAGGUUCAGGACAAUCAUUCCGCUGAUGAACUUCGAGCGUUUCGCGGAUGCAUUCGGGUGCAGAGUCGGGACCAUCAUGAACCCCGAACAGAAAUGCAUUGUCUGGUAAUCAGAAGAAACC